UUAAACUAUCGUCCUUCUCAGUGAUGGCGGCUUCGUUUGGUUCUCUCCCUGCAAGCUGUAAUAACAAAUGGUACUACACCCGACAACAGAUCGACAACAGCCCAUCUCGGCGAGCUGGACUUGAUCCCGACAAGGAACUGUCCUACAGACAACAGGCGGCGAACCUGCUGCAGGACAUGGGCCAGCGGCUCAAUGUGUCCCAACUUACAAUAAACACAGCCAUCGUGUACAUGCAUCGAUUCUACAUGGUCCAGUCGUUCACCAGAUUUCACAGAAAUGUCAUUUCUCCUGCCGCACUUUUCCUUGCUGCAAAGGUGGAGGAGCAGCCCCGAAAGCUGGAACAUGUUAUCAAGGUGGCCCAUGCAUGCCUCAAUCCUCAGGACCCGCCACCAGAUGUACGCAGUGAUGCCUACCUGCAACAAGCCCAAGACCUGGUCAUUCUUGAGAGCAUAAUACUGCAGACCUUGGCUUUUGAAAUCACCAUUGACCAUCCUCAUACUCAUGUUGUCAAGUGCACUCAGCUUGUCAGAGUUGUUCCAGCGAGUAAGGAUCUGGCUCAAACGUCAUACUUUAUGGCGACUAACAGUCUGCACUUGACCACGUUCUGCCUGCAGUACAGUCCGCCGGUCGUGGCCUGCGUGUGCAUCCACCUCGCCUGCAAAUGGUCCAACUGGGAGAUCCCUGUGUCGACCGACGGCAAACACUGGUGGGAGUAUGUUGAUCCCACAGUUACCCUGGAGCUCCUGGAUGAGCUCACACACGAGUUCCUGCAGAUUUUGGAGAAAACACCCAGCCGCUUGAAACGGAUUCGCAACUGGAAGGCCGGAGGUCAGACACCAAAAGCCAAGCCCAAAGUUCAGGAGGAUGGGGACCAGAGGGACACCAUGAUGAGCAUGAUCUCCAUGGCCUCAUCGGAGAGCACCGUGGCAGGCUUGAUGAGCCUCUCGGCCCCACCUUCCGCCUCCUCCUCCGGUGACAAAGACGGGAGUGAACCUGGUAGUGCUCCCACGUGGAGUGGAAAAGGUCAAGCUGGACCUGAACACCCCAACAACGAGGUUCACGCUCCAGCUAAGGUGUCGCUGAGUGAGUACAGGGCCAAGAACGCAGAUGUCCUUGCUGCCCAGAAGAGAAAGCUGGAGAACAUGGAGGCCAGUGUAAAGAGGGACUAUGCUAAUGCCGCCCAGGCUCUCAUUGGUCAGCAGCAGCAGAGGAAAGAGAAGCAGCAUCACCAGCAGUCAAGCUCAUCCUCGUCUGACAUGUCCAACCCGUCGCCCAUCAUUCUGAAAAUCCCCCUGGAGAAGGAGAGGCACGAGAGGAGCUCUCUCAAAAUGCGCUUUCCCCUCGCUGGGGGAGGGGGCGGCGGGCAAAGCGGCGGCGCCCGAGGCCAGGAACAGGACAUCAAAGUUAGAAUACGAGUGCCUGAGAAGCAAAGGGGGAGCUCCGGGGAGGAGGGCAAGAGCAGGGAGAAGCACAGGGAUCGGUCGAACCACCACCAUCACAACCACCACCACCAUUCCUCCUCCACCGGUGCUUCACUCUCCUCUUCACACAAACAUUCAUCUGGUUCUGGUGCGGCUGUCGGCGUCAGCAAAAAAGUCCCCAGCGACUCGUCUAGGACGAGCUCUUCGUCCUCGGUGGCGUCCCGCAAGAGGACGCACUCCCAAGAUCCCACAGCAGGCCCCCACCCUGGCUCCAAAGUCAGCAAGUCCUCUAGGAAUCCCUACCAGCUACCUUCCCUGUCUUCCUCCGCCGGGCAAACUCUGGGGCACGGCUCUGACAUUCUCCCCGCCCUGGGUCUCCCCCACCACCAAGGGAGCUAUCCGCACUCCAAAGGCGACAAGACGGACACCAAUGGGCACGGCGCAGCCGGGGGGGCCCAGUCGAACGAGUACCAGGACACUUUUGAAAUGCUGAACUCGCUCCUGAGCGCACAGGGGGUGCAGCCGUCCCAGCCGUCCAUGUUUAACUACAGGUCCCAAUUUGGGGAAUACCGGUACGGUGGUGGCUCCAGGGGGAGCAACCACAGGCCCCCGCCCCUUCCUUCAGAACCGCCUCCCCCAAUGCCGCCGUUGCCCAAAUAAGUUUCUCAUCAAGAGAUGUGUUGUGAACAUUGUACUUGACAUUACCUACAUCCAUCGUGUUUCAUAAAGUAUUGUAUUUUUACUUUUUAACUCACCUGACAUGUUUUAUAGGUUUCAGUGAGACAGCAGUGAAAUGUACCGGUGUGAUAAAAGAGUAUUCAAUUGUUUUUACACUUUUGGGGCAAUAGUGAGUGGCAUUGAAAGCUUGUAAAAAUGUGAGACGAUGAGUACAGGAAAGUGUAGUUUUUAAUUUUUUGCUCAUCUCUUGAGCUGAGAUGUGUUUUUAUAAUGUUUUUAUAGUAUGUUAUUUAUUAACGGAAUGCUUUUUUUUAAAAAAACAUAGCCCUCUUUUAUACCUUUUUUUUAAGGUUUCCCUUUUUUGUUCUUCAGGGGGAAUGGGGAUUUCUUCAUCGCGACUGUACAGGCUAGUUUGAGAGUGCAUGUCUCCGAAGCCAUCUUUUCAGUUUUAUUUUUGUCUUUUUGUCUUCUUUUUUUUUUUCCCCAAACAGCCAUAACCUAAAAGAAAUGUGAAAACCCUUUUGGUGUUCAUCUAUUUUAUUUCUUUCAUUAUUUGGUAAGCUUGUACAAAGACUGUAAAAUGUUUAAAACAAACAUGAAAUAUAUUUUACAUUUUGUUAUUGAAAAAUUGCAAAAAAAUAUGUAAAUUAAGGACUUGUACAUUUUUGUUGUUUUGUUUUUAGAUUUUGCGUGUUGCAGUCAUUGUUUUAAAUGGUUGUAAAAUAUCCACGUUCAGUUCUCUAAUUAUUACACUAAUGGAUAAAGUUCAUACCAAUGAUAUCCAUCUAUGGCUUUAUCAAGAGUUCAAACACAUAAACACACUAUGGUCACACUGAAGGAAUGCCAACAAAAAAAAUCCCCCCAAAGAAGUAAUUCUUAUAAGUCAAUUCUUUAAUUACCCUUUUGAAGAACACUGUUUUCAUGGCUACAGCUUAAUAGAAGGGAAUGUCCUGCAUUUAUCAUUACACACCAUUCUAAAUGAUUUUGACAGCAGCACCUGCAAACUAACUGCCAGAAAGAAAAUAAUGUUCAUGUUGGCGCUUACCUAAUCUAAAGAAUUUUUAUUCAUGAUGAAUUUGUGUUAAAAUUAUACUGGAUGAGGGGCUACUUGUUGGCCAGAGCAUCGGGUAUCAUCUGUACAUUUAAUUCAUACUAAGCUUUGUGGUUUCGAUUGAUAUAGUAUUACUGCUCUUAACCCGCUUUCUUUUAUCAGUUUGUAAUCAUCCAAAAAAAGUCAGCUUUAUUACAUAUGUUAGACAUACAGGUACAUACAUGAAAAAAUACCUCUGUAUUUAAACCAUCCUAAUCACUUCAGAGCCAGCGGGCUGCUAUAAAUCACCCGGGCAGCAUUUUGGUCUCCCACAACGUCCCUUCAACAGGCAGACACUAGGGGCUGGGGAUCAAACCCCCUACUUUUCGGUUUAGGGAUCUUCUGCCCUCAAAACAUUUUUUUUGACAGUUCACAGCAAUGCAGUACAAAAAUCAUCAGCCAUACAAUUGUAAUAUAUUUGUUCCCAUGAUUAUGUGGAAGAUAUGUUGAAAAGAGUACAGCUCUUUGCUCAGGCAGCAGAUGUUAAGUGGUUGUUAAAGUCUUGGUUGUAACAGGGAAACAGUAAAUGCACUGAAUAUUUAUCUCAGUAGGUUUGCCUACAAUGCAAAUGACAAAGUGUUUCAUGUGUAUUGGUUAGGCUAUUUGAAUAGAUGUCCAUUAAAUUCUCAUUUUUUAAUUAUUUUUUGAUUGAUCAUGACAAUUAGACAAAAAGUAUACACUUAAAAGUCAAAGGAUGGUCAUUUCGAAAUAAACAUACGUGAAAAACAAUGGAACAUACUCAUGCAACCUAACAAUGCAAAAUCCAAUAGCUACAGUAAGUUUUAUGUUUUUCAUGUCUUGGUGUUUUUAAGCGACACUCAAGUCUGGAAAGGAAACGUUUUAGGAUCUUACUUUAUUUUUGCUAUCAGUUGUGUUAUGUGAACACUCUUUUUGAUAAUAUGUGGUUGCUUUAUUCUCAAUUAAAGUCAAUAAAUAUUUUAAGAAAA